CGUAGUGACCAAACCCUCACGCAGUUACGAAACAGCGGAAGACCCGGAGCCGUAGAGACUGUAGAUCAUUGCCUCAAAAGCGUUUGCAAAAAGAACCAAAUCACUAAGAAAGAUGGGCAGUCGAAAAUGUUUUUAUCUUUUCAACUGCGAUAACACGUAUAAUUUGGAUGUUGUUGAAGAAUUGUUGAACGCCAUUAAAGGGAAAACGACGGACAUCGAUAUACAGACGAAGAAGGAAUAUUUUCGCCUUCACCAAAUGUCUGAGUUGGCCAAGACUAUUGAUGAACAGACCAAUAGUGGACAAAAAAUGGAUUAUGCCAUUUUUGCCAUUAAUGCACACGAAUCUAGACUGUCGAUUAACGAGGAGAACGCUGGAAUUGGUUAUGCAAGGAUAUACAGAGCUUUACUGAUGGCAACGGAUGAAAGAGUGAUUGUUAUUAUUGGUGGGGAUGACAACUACAGAAAUUCCACUGAGGAAGACGAAUCCCUCCUAUCGCGUUGGGUUCGGAGAAAAGUUUCUUCUCAGUUCAGAGAGGAAUUCAUGGAUGGAACAAAGGGGUUUAUUUUUUCUUGGGACAAGAAGCACAGGGAGAUUCACGAGGAGGCGAUACUGCAUUUUCUUGAUUCCAAGAAGAAGGGUGAAAAAUUUGUAUAUGAACAAAAACCUCAUACAGAGCCCACGAAGUGUAAAACUGCAGUUCAGGCAGAUGAUCAAAAGAAGGAAAUUGAACCACAUGCAGAAAAAAUCCAACAAGAAGAGAGUGAAACACCUGCAAAGCCUACAUCUGCAAACUUUCAGGGAGAAAAGGAUGCCGAUGCAACAGACAUAGCGGAGUCAAAUGAUUCUGGGGCAAAACCCAAGGAGAAGAUUUCUUCUAAAUCAGGGACGAAGUUAGUAGUCCUUGGUCGUUAUCAGUCUGAUUUAUCUCUUUUGGAGAACCUGUUUGGUGACGAUUUUUCAGGAAAGGUCUCAUUCUUCAGCGGCCCUCCAGAAGGGCUGAAAGACGCUCUAAGAUCCUAUCCAAGGUCCUGUUUCAUUUUUGUGGAUUGCAAAGCCUCUGUGGAAGAGUUUGCAUCGUAUUACGGGGACCUGUUAAAUGAUGCAAGAGAUAAAGUUGCGAAAAAAGUUGUCCUUAUCAUAUGCGAUGAUAACCGUCAGACGGACGAAGACACUAUUACAGCUAAGAUUACUGAAAUUCUCAAAGAAAAAGUUUGGGUCCUGUGGUGGAGAGAAAAGUUUCGCACGCAAGAGAAAUUUUUAGGAUGUAAUGUGCCGUUUCACCGAUCACAAUCUCUUCCUAAUGGUUCGCAAGAAAGAUAUGCAGAUCGUCACACACCAUCAGAGCAUAUCGACAAGUCAAGACUAGUUAUGAAGACCCGACUUCGGUAUGGAAAUAUUUCAUAUCCCGAUGUCGAAAGGCGUUCCGGACAAUGGAGCCCUUCGAAAGAGAUAGUGGACGGCUUAUUAAAAGAUUGGCAUUCUGCUCCCAACGUAGAAUUACUGAUACAUGAACAUAGGAAAACUGGAAAAACACAUUACCGGGUAGUUGUGAAUGACAAUUCUCAAAACAAAUAUAUCGUACAGUUCUUUUACAGUUCUUAGAAGAGCAUCGCUGCACUAAGGUCUAGCUGUCUUCCAGUUGAAAGAGAAAGUAAACCUACCCCUCCACCUUUUGAUUGACUCUAUUUAAGAACAGACACUUCAAAAUGUUUACUUUCUAGCGCGCAAAAAUGCGGUGUACACUUCAGACUAGCAGUGGAAUUCGUUACUGACGUAUAAUGUAUCCAGCGUCUUUUGUGACGAAAACGUCACUUUCAAAGGCGUUUUACUGGGAAAAGACUAUGAGAUGAGGAGUACUCUGAUUGAUUUCUAUACAUUCAAACCAUUGAGUAAAAGUGUCAUUUGUCGUUUUAUA